AUGGCGGCACCGGAAGGCAACGGAAACGCCGAUGACACACCGCCCGGUUCCACUGGCGCGAAUGACGAUCGAGCCGAGCUGGACAUGUUUGUGGCUAGCCUGCAGGAACGCUACCAGCAGAAAGCAAAACUACGUCAGCAGAACCUCGCACCCGAACGCCCGGCCGAAGAGGACUUUUUCCGGUACGAUUCAAGCUUGAAGAAAAAUACGGCAUUCGUGAAGCGUCUGAAGCAGUUCACUGCCCAGCAGUUGCCAUCCCUGAUGCAGGACGCCUCCGGACUCAACCUAACGAAGUACAUCUCGGAGGUUAGCGCCGCAUUGGUCGAGGCGAAGCUGAAGAUGAGCGACAUCGCGGCCGCGCUGACACUAUCAAACCACCUCCAUCAACAUUACGCGGACUUCGCGCCGACGCUGUUUGAGAACUGGCAGAAACUGCUACAGAUCCGACCGGGCGAGAAGGUGGCGAACCCGAGCAAGAUGCGCGUCGAUUUGCGGUUCUACGCGGAGCUGAUCAGCGUGGGCAUUUUCCUGAACAAGACUGGCCUGUCGCUGCUGGGCGCUUGUCUGACCGGACUGAUCGCGCAGGAUAAAGAAGAGCACGUUAACCUAUCGAUUGUGUUAUCGUUUUGUAAGCACUGCGGUGAUGAAUAUGCUGGUCUGAUUCCGACGCGCAUCACCGAACUGGCGCGCAAAUAUGACGUGACGUUGCCGGUGUCACCGCUGCUGGCACCGGACAAACAGGGAAACCUGCGCAACCUACUGCGUGAUUACUACCACUCCCUAGAGGGUCACCUGCGGACGGAGCACAAGCAGCUGCAGCAGGCGGAAAUAUCGCGCCGCAAAAUGCUACAGUCGAAGGGCGAGGUGACGCCGGAAAAACGCGAACAGUUGGCUCAACUGCAGGCGUCGUACGAGAAGCUGCACGCGUCGACCAGCGCGCUGGCGGAUCUCCUCGGCGAGGCAAUGCCACAGCUCGAGGAGCUCAUCGAGCCGGGUGCACCGGCGGAGGGGUCUGUGCUCGAUGGUAAAGCGGGCGAGGAGCUACAAUUCGGUAACCUCGAUCCGUGGCGGGACGAAGAAACGAAAUCGUUUUACGUCGACCUGCCCGACCUGCGCCAGUUUCUGCCAAACUAUUGUGACAAAAAACAAUCCGGCGAAGGUGGACAGCAGGAGGAGGAGGAAGAUACGGAGGGAUCGGAUCUAGUACCGGACAUGAUGGCUGGACCACCCAUCACGGAGGAAACGCUCGACAUGGAGUUGCCCGAGCUGGAUACGGACCUUGCGGACAUGGAAUCCACAGCAGACCUGCUGGAGGAGGAUACACCAGCUGAACAGGAUGCACCCGGCGAGCUAAUCGAGGGAGCUUUCCCAGGCUCCGCUAGCAAUGAGAGCGAUCUGGCAGGCGGUGCCAAUGCCGCCACAGGUGCGGGUCAGGCGGGAGCUGGGGGUGCUAGUGGUGGAGCCGGAACACCCAGCAAUCAGGGCAACCGGCGGUACUUCGAACAGUUUGUUCAAAACCUGCAAAACUGCGUCAACCGGGAGCUGAUCGACAACGCGGCGAUCGAUUUCCUACUAAACCUGAACACGAAAAGUAAGCGCAAACGGUUGGUAAAGGUCCUGUUUGGCGUGCAGCGAACCCGGCUCGAUCUGCUGCCGAUGUACGCGCGCUUCGUCGCCAUUAUCGAUCUGGUUUCGCCGGACAUGGCGCACGAGCUCUGCCAGAUGCUCAAGAUCGACUUCAAGUACCACCUGAAGAAGAAGGAUCAGAUUAACAUCGAGACGAAGAUCAAGGUGGUGCGCUACAUCGGUGAGCUGGUGAAGUUCGGCAUCUACAAGAAGCUGGAGGCGUUGUACUGUCUACGUUGCCUGCUGCUCAGCUUCCAGCAUCACCACAUCGAGAUGACGUGCGCGUUUCUCGAGGUUUGCGGUGUCUACCUGUACAACUGUGCCGACAGCCGCAUGCGCACGAACGCCUUCCUCGAGCAGAUGAUGCGGCUUAAGAUGAACACCACGAUGGAUGGGCGGCAUGCGCAGCAGGUCGAGAACUGCUACUAUUUGGUAAAGCGGCCGGAAGGGUUGAAGGUGGCGCGCAAGGUGCGCCCGCUUAUCCACACCUACAUCCGGCAUCUUAUCUUCAAGGAGCUAGACAAGUCGAACGUGGACAAGCUGAUCAAGCUGCUGCGGCGGCUCGACUGGGAUGACCAGCGUACCUUCGAUUAUGCGGUACGCUGUCUGGCCCGGGCGUACAACAUCCGCUAUCAUUUGAUCCGGAGCCUAGCGGAUUUGGUUGCUGGGUUGAACUCGUACCAGGAGCGGGCGAUCGUGCGCGUCAUAGACACCGUGUUCGAGGACAUUCGAGCGGGGUUGGAGAUCUACGACAACAGACUGGCGCAGCGGCGGGUUGCGAUGGUUAAGUACCUCGGCGAGCUGUACAACUACCAGCUUGUUGAUGCGGACAACGUCCUCAACACGCUGUAUUCGAUCAUUUCGUUUGGUGUUAGCCUUUCGCACGAUGGUCCCCCGUCAGCGGUUGACCCGCCUGAAUCGCUGUUUCGGCUGAAGCUGGCCUGUGUGCUGCUGGACACGUGCGGGCAGUACUUCUCCUCCGGUGAAAUCCGGCGCCGUCUCGACUGCUUUCUGGUGUUCUUUCAGCAGUACUAUUGGUUCAAAAAGUCACACCCCUGCUUUGUGGGCGGCGCGCCUCGAUCGUCGGCUGGAGUUGCGAAUGAUCCGGGAGGUGGUACCGUCGUGGGUAACACCUUCGCCGCAACCACGCCUGGUACCGCCAUCGUCCAGAAGCUGGCCGUUUCAAACCCAAAGGAUCUGUUUCCCAUCCUGAUCGAUCACAUGUACCGGGAGUGUCUGAAGAGCUUGCGGCCAAAGUUGAAGCUGUACAGUAGCUUCGAGCAGGCAAAAACGGCCGUGUUGGAGUUGCGCCACAAACUAUACCCCAGCGAUGAGCUGGAGCGCGUGAGUCAGGAGCAGGAUCAGACACAGCAACAACACGAUGCCGCGGAAUCGACGGAUCACGAGGAUUCACUGCAAUCCGACUACUGCACGUCGGACGCGGGUGACGACGUUUCGGAAGGGUACAACAUCAAGAUACCGAUGGUCAAGCGGGAGGAUCGGGACGAGGAUGAAUCGCCCUCGCCGACGGUGAACGGGGCCGACCUUGAGCUGGAGGGCUAUGACGAGGACGAGGACGAUGACGACGAAAACGAAAACGACAUGGACAACGAGAACGAUAACGACAACGAUAACGACAAUGACAAUGAUGAGGAUUACGAGUGUUACGACGACGAUCGGGACGGUGACCUCGAGGUGGAGCCGGAGCUGCCUCCACCGCAGAAGCAACCAGAAGAUCUCGAGUUCGAGCGCGAGUUCGAACGGAUGGCGUCCGAGUAUUGCCAGCAGCGGGCGAAGGAUUCCGCCAAGGUUAACCCAAAGAACGUCCCGAUACCGAUCUCCUUCCGGAACGAGACGAAGAAAACCUACGACCAGCUGCAGGAACCGGAACAUGCUAAGUCCGAUGCCGUCCCAUUUGCGUUGAUGAUCCGCGGCAAGGGCAAGCAACAGAUGUACAAAACGUUCGAGGCGCCGGAAGACAGCCAGUUGGCGCAGUACAUCCGCGAGCAGGAGCGCAAGCAGCAAGAGGAAAAGGACAGUGUCAAACGGCUCACGCUCAACAUAUCCGAGAGGCUCGAGGAGGAGGACUACCAGGAGUCGUUGAACCAACCGAUACGCACCUCCGAUCCUCUUCGCAUGCGACCGCUUAAGCCGACCAAAUUUAAACAUCCGAAGGGUGUGCCUGACCUUGACGCAAUCUUCCAUUGAGGCCAUCGAAAGCAAUGGGAAAGCAUGUGCUAGUAUUUAAUGGAAGAAAGGUUCUAACUCCCAUGGAGCAGCGUAACAGAAGCCCUUUCGAGCAGCGGAUGAUCACAACCGCGAAGCCGAUAUGGCUCAAAAUUCCCGUUUGAACAAGGAAUCAGUAAAAAUACAAACGUACAAACAGAUGCACGUGUAUUGUAUAAAUCGCAUUUCGCAUGAUUUAU